UUAUCCACGAAGAAAAGAUUAGUGUGGAGUACACACACGUGUGUACAAACAUGGGCAGAAGAAAGAGAGGAAACCAAGAGGUUAGCAAUUUAAAUAAGAAACAGAAGAAACAUCUAAAGGAGUAUGGAGAACAGCAUCCUUUUCAUGAUAAUGUUGUGGACAGGCCCGAGGAAACUCAGAUUUUGCGCUUGCCCAACAGUCAUCCACAACGCCCGGAACCCGAGUAUGAGGAAGGCAGUGAUGAAGAACAGCAGUCUGCAUAUCAGAAACUGCUGUCCACGAUGAUCCAGGGUGCUGAUGACAACAGUGAAGAUGAAGAAAGUGAAGUGGAUGAGGAAGAGGAGGAAGUUCUAGAAGCUGUUGAACCUGAAGGAGAGGGGGAAGAAAACGAGAACGAAGAAGAUGAGGAAGAAGAUUUAGAGGAAGAGGAUGAUGAAGAAGAUUUGGGAGAAGAGAAUAAAGACUUACCCGAUGACCCAGAAAAUAAAGAACAACCUGAAAAAAAAAAUGAAGAAGACACAGAGAAAAUUACAGAGGGAGAGUUUACAGAUAAGAAGAAUGAAGCUGCAUUCUGUUUAGAGAAAAACUUGCCUGCAGAGGGAGAGAACUCAGAAGAGUUGAAAGAGGACAUGUUUGUGGAGCACCAGGAGAUAGAACUCAGUGAAGUAGAAGUGAGUCAAAUCUCAGGGGGGUCAAAGUUCAAGACUCAGGUUAAGUGGCCAAAACUGGGCACUCUGCAGUGUGUGCGUCCGCUGGAACGUUUCCCUGCUUUGGGACAGCCCUCCUCUGCUCCUGUCUCACCUAUUCACAAAACCAUCCAGGCCAAUUGGUGCUGGCUUAACCAGUCCUCCCAAUCUGGAAGUGGGGCUGUGCCGGAUGUCACAGAGUUACAGAAGGAACUGCUUGGGCUCAUGGGUACAUACAGGGAUGUGUAUUUUGCAAAUAGCUCCCCCUUGAGGGAGACUAAGGAAGUGCGGAGUGCCUACUGUCUUCAUGUCCUGAACCAUGUAUUAAAGGCCAACUCUCGUGUGCUCAGAAAUAAUGCCAACUUGAAGGAAAAUAAACAUGCUGAAGAAGAUUUUCGUGACCAGGGCAUUACCAGACCAAAGGUGUUGAUUCUAGUGCCAAUCAGAGAUGGAGCAUUGCGUGUGGUCCAGACCUUCAUAACUCUAAUGGAACCCAAAGGGAAGAAAAUGGACGUCAGUAACAAGAAGAGAUUCAAGGAAGAGUUUGGGGAAGAGCCAGACAACACACCAUCCAACCUGCAGAGACCUGAUGAUUAUCAUGCCGUCUUCUCUGGAAAUGUGGACGACCACUUUAGGAUAGGUGUGUCUGUUAUGAAACGCAGCAUGUGUCUCUAUUCUCCAUUCUACUCCUCUGACAUCAUCAUUGCAUCUCCACUGGGUCUUCGAACCAUUCUGGGUGCCGAUGGUGAGAGCAAGAGAGAUUUCGACUUUCUUUCCUCCAUCGAGCUGCUUAUUGUGGAUCAGGCGGAUGUGUUCCUUAUGCAGAACUGGGAACAUGUGCUGCAUGUGUUGAACCAUGUGAAUCUGCAGCCGCUGGACUCGCAUGGAGUCGAUUUUUCCCGUGUGCGCAUGUGGAACCUAAACAACUGGGCAGCACACUACAGACAGACACUGGUGUUCAGUGCCAUACAAGAACCCCAGAUCACCAACAUCCUUACCAAACACUGCCACAACUACAGGGGUCAGGUGCAUUGUAAGACCAUUCCAAAGGUGGGCUCAAUCUGUCAGGUACUGGUGCAGUUACCACAUGUGUUCCAGAUGUUCCACUCUGACAGCUUCAUGGAUCAGGAUGCCAGGUUCCAGUUCUUUGUGGAUAAGAUUCUGCCACAGUACAAAGACUCUGUAAUGUCCCACACUCUCAUCUAUGUACCAUCAUACUUCGACUUUGUCCGUCUGCGGAACUAUCUGAAGAAAAAGGAUGUCAGUUUUGGGAGUAUCAGCGAGUACUCGCAGAGAUCAGAGGUCAAUCGUGCACGCCAUUACUUUCAGAAAGGAGAAAAACAGUUUCUGCUUUUCUCAGAAAGGUUCCAUUUCUACAAAAGGUACACUAUUAAGGGAAUCUAUAACCUGAUCUUCUAUGGGUUGCCUACAUACCCUAAUUUCUACAGUGAGGUGUGUAAUAUGCUUCAGGCUGGUGUUAGAGAGAGUGGCAGUUCGCCCAGCUUCACCUGCACGGCCCUGUACUCUCGAUACGACACACAUCGGCUGGCUGCCAUCACAGGAGCUGAUCGUGCUGCUCAGAUGCAGCACUCCAAGAAGCCAGUCCACCUUUUCAUCACAGGCGAGGAGAACAACACCUAAAAAUGCCUAAAAUCUGAUGAAGUGUGACACUUUACCUCUCUGAAUUCAAUCUUUUAUUGGACAGGAAAUCUUUUGACAUUCAAUUAAAAUGCAGUGUGGCUGAAUGGGAAAACUUGUUUUUUACAAUUAUUUUUUAUAUUAUCAGCUCACCCUCCUGUGUGUUGUUCCAAACUCAUAUGCUGAUAACAUGAAAAAACAACCAGAUUUUUGCACAUUUAUAAGCCAUAUUACUUGUUUUCUGAAGACAUACUAGAGCUUUAUGUAAUGAACAGGUCAAAGAUUAAGUCUGGGUUCAGUGAUAAUAUUUCUCUAUACAAUCUUAACCACCUUUUUGGGUGAACUCCUUUAACAUUUGUCUCAAAUUUUGUUUUGACAGUAUGUAUUUUUUUCCUUUGGUUAAUUUAUGAUAAAUGCCAUUUUACAGAAGACAAUUUCAAUCCUGCUGCCUAAUGUUUACAUAAGUUAUAUAUAUAUAUAUAUGAUUUUCGAAUCUAGACAUGUAAUCAGUUUGUCUGUUCCCUGGAAAUAGAACCCACAACCUUUGCACUGCUAAUGAAGUGCUGUAUAAGAAUUGGAUUCAUUUGAUUUAAUACUUCAAUAAUCACUUGGUUCAUUACGGCUUGUUUUAAUAAGUGCGUAUUAGAUCCCUUCUAAUGAUACCACUGCAUCUUAUCAGGAAAACACAGGCUGAAAAUUUUAUGUAAAGCAUUUUUAAAAUAUAUCUUGUAUGUCCCAAGUUAUGAGUAGAGAUCUCGUUCUUAGCUUUCCCCCUCUGUUUUUCUGUCAGCAGGAAAAUGGAGCAGCUGUCUGACACACACACUGCACACACAGAUGUGCACUGUCUCUCUGUCUUUAACACACACUGCAUUCACAUGUCAUAAUGAAAGAAAUGAACUGUUUGGUUAGACCAAGAUCAUCUGACUUUAUCAAAACCCUUAAUCUGAUAGAUCUCUUCUGUGUAUUCCCAGAUAUGUGAUAUCUGAAUCUUUGUGAAAGUUCUUUUGUCUGCUGACCUCUAUAAUGGCAAUAUCACAAAGCAAUAACCCUGUUACCAUUGCGUGCUAAUAUCCACCUGGUCAGUUUGUCUAAAACUACUGACCUGAGUAUAUCUUUUAUUUUUGUUACAUAUA